CAGCACUCCAAGAGGAACGUCCACCAUGAGUCUCUUAACCAUGAUGCAGCCACCGUUGGAAUGGAGUAUUCCAAAUUUCACAGCUGUGUUCCUGUUUAUCGCCAUACUGCUCCUAAAAGAGCUGAGGCCCAUCUUCAAAAAGACUAGAUACUUAACUAGACCUGUAACAACAAAAAAGAAGAUACCAACAGUUAAUCAAAUUCCUGGACCUCUGCAGUUACCAGUGAUCGGUACCCGUUGGAUUUAUUACACAAAAUAUACUCUUGAGAAACUUCAUGAAGCUCACAAGGAUAUGUAUCGUACAUAUGGUCCGAUAGUGAAAGAAGAAGCAUUAUGGAACAUUCCAAUCAUUAACAUCUUUAGUAAAAAUGAAAUUGAAAAGAUACUCAGGCAUCCAAGUAAAUAUCCCCUACGACCUCCAACUGAAGUAACAGCGUAUUAUAGGGCUACCAGGCCGGAUAGAUAUGCAUCUCUUGGUCUAAUCAAUGAACAGGGUGAAACUUGGCAUACUCUCAGAAGUCAUUUGACACCAGAGCUAACUUCAGCUAAAACAAUGUCAUCAUUCUUUCCAGAGUUGCUAUCUGUAACGGAAGAUUUCAUUCGAUUACUCCAGGUUUCUAAAGACGCCAACGGAAUAGUAGAACAUUUUGAUGACCUGGCAUGCAGGAUGGGGUUGGAAAGUACUUGCUGUUUAAUUCUUGGAAAGAGACUAGGAGUUCUAGAAGAUGAAGCUAGUGAAGUGUCACUCCGAUUAGCUAAUGCUGUUAAAGAACAGUUUUGUGCAUCUCGAGACACUUAUUUUGGACUUCCUUUUUAUAAACUGUAUCCAACUAAAGCCUAUAAACGAUUUGUCAAUGCAGAAGAAAUCAUUUAUGACGUGAUCUCAGAAAUGGUCGAGAAUGCUGAAAAUCUGGAAAAUGAUACCUACUUAGAAGAUAGCCCCAGUGUAUUUCAAUCAAUUCUCAAUAACCCAGGUCUUGACAUAAGAGAAAAAAAAGCAGGAAUAAUUGAUUUCAUUGCAGCUGGUAUUAAAACGCUGGGAAACACGCUUGUCUUCCUAUUAUAUUUGAUGGCAAAGAACCCUGAAUGUCAAGAGAAGAUAGUAGAUGAAAUUGAUUCCUUAACCAGUGGGAAAGAACUAACUCUGCAAGCACUGGGAAAAGCCAACUACUUAAAAGCUUGUAUUGCUGAAUCGUAUAGGAUGCUUCCAACAGCACCUUGUCUCGCAAGAAUUCUUGAAACGGAUAUGGAGCUCAAUGGGUUUCACUUACCAUCUGGAACUGUAGUUUUGUGUCAUACCUGGCAGGCAUCUUUGAUGGAAGAAAAUUUUCAAAAUGCCGACCAAUUUAUUCCUGAAAGAUGGCUCGGAAAAGAGAGAAUGCCCUGGUUGGUGGCGCCAUUUGGAGCUGGGCGUAGACUGUGUCCAGGAAAGAGAUUUGUGGAACUAGAGCUACAGGUUCUUCUUGCACAGAUUGUGAGGAAAUUCAAGCUAGAAUGUGCUGGUGAGCUUGAGAUCCAGUUCGAAUUUCUUAUGGCACCUGCUUCUCCUUCCAGCUUGAAGCUCGUAGAAAGGACUUGAAGAUUACAUCACCUUCUUACCUUCAAAAAUUGACUAAAACAAUCCCAUUAUUGGGUCUUUUUCUUAUUAUCAGGGUAACGAUCUACCCUUUUCCCAUUCAUAUAGACUAUUUAAAAGUGUGUAUAUAUUGUUGUGUUUGUGUAUUAUGUAGAAUCUAUUUGCUGUUUUAGAUUACUUUUGUUAUCAAGUGUACCUGAAACCAUUCCCUUGUAAGGCUUUUAUUUCUGUUUAUUGAUUAGUGAGGGUAAUGGACUGAUUUUUUAAGACUUAAUGUUAAGAAAUUCAGUUUAGUAUUUAUUAUCUCUGUUUUCAUUAAUAAAUCAUGCUGUAUAUGUUUUAAAUUUAUUUAUUUAUUUAUGAUUAUUUAACAUAUUUAAGAAAUCAAACUGAAUUUUUACGACUAGAAAAGAUUUAGAUUGCAUGUUUAAUAAAUUAGUGAGUUUACUUUAAAUCUUAAUUUUCAAAGUUAGUCAUCAUUUAUUUUGUAAUAUCUAGAUAUGAAAGGAAAAAAUUGUUUAUGUAAAAUGUAAUCUAGAACUAUUUUAAAACUACUACCCUCUUUAAACAACUUAAGUUCAGUAUAGCAGCAGCACUGUUAUUAAUUAUCUUAUUAGCAGCAAUAUUAUUAAUAUCUGUGAAAUCAAGCAUUCACAUUUUAUUUUCCCACCUAAUAAGUUAGGAUUUAGUUAUUAUGUACAAAGUAUUUGAGUGUUUUACAUUUAUUACCUUCAUGGUUUGUAACUUAGUAUAUGUAUUGAGUAUAUCUUUUAUUUGUUUUUUAUUAUAUGUCCCAAUUAAUGAAUUGAGUACAAAUUUUUAGUGAGUCUAAAUUAGUAGUAAAUGUUUAGAUUAAUGUUAUAUUAAUGAAAAUUUAUUUUGUUUGUCAUUCUUUAUUUUUAAAUCUAAAAAUGGUAGUUCAUAAUAAGUAAUAGAAGUAUAACAGGCAUAGAUUGUUUGUCAUUCUUUUCAUUAGUUUGUCAUUCUUUAUUUUUAAAUCUAAACAUACUAGUUCAUAAUAUGUAAUAGAAGUAUAAUAGUUAUAGAUGAUGAAUAUGGCAAGACAAUCCAUUCUAGAAUAUUUUUUUUCAUUUUUAUAAAAUAUUCACAGUACGUUUUAAGUGUUCAUUUUGUUUGUUAUAAUAUAAAAAUAUUUUUCAUGAAAUAAAUUGGAAAUUCA